GCGGCGGCCGCCCCCCCGCGGGCGCGGCGUCGCCGGGCGCCCUGGCGGGGCGGCGCCGGCCGAACUCGGCCCCGAACCGCGUCUACAGCUCGCCGCGGGGCGCGGGCGUGGCGGCGCAGUGGGCCCACGCCCUGCCCCCGCGGCAGGAGGGCGGAGGUCCGCGGGGGCCGCCCCCCUGGCAGGACCCGCCGUUCUGGACGGCGGGGGGCGGCAGCUGCAGCGGCAACGGCUGCGGCCGCGCCAUCGCGUCCUUCUCCAACGUGGCGCCCCCCGUGCUGGCGGCCCAGGGCAGGGUGGCCGCCGCCCGGGGCAUCUCCCCCGCUAGGGAGGGGGCGACGCUGCUGCACCCACACUGGCACCCCGGCAGUGCGCAGGCGGCCCUGGGCCCCCCGCUCGGCGGCCCCCCGCGCGGCGCGCCCGCGGAGCUGCACGGCCCCGCGGCCCCGCUGGCCUCGGCAGCCGACUGGGGAGGCGGCGCCCCGAGGGAGGCCGACCCGGCGCUGCACCACGGCACCGCGCCGUCGCGGGAGGGGCCCGAGGUACAGCACGGCCUGGGCCCGCAGCCCGUCUCCCCGCGCGCCUCCGAGGACGACGACACCGUCGACAUCGACGAGGUCUCCUCCUGCUCGGAGGUUGCCGAUGCGGGCGCCGGGCCAAGCGAGGCCGCCGAGGCUGCCGGCGCUGGCGAAUUGGCCCCCCUCGUGUCGCCGCUGGGCGGAGGCGUGGCCGAAGGCGCGGGCGGCGGCCACGAGCCCGCCGCCGAGCCGCCGGCUGGGACAGAGCGGGCGGCGGGGGGCGCAGGCCCCUCCAGCGGCGCCGACAACAACUGA